CAGCGUCGCACCUAUUCGGAGCGUAAUCGUUCCCUCGCCUACUACUCCCUGGGAACCAUAAUCCUCGGGCUAGGCCUAACCUACGCCGCCGUACCCUUAUACCGCGCCUUCUGCUCAGCAACAGGCUUCGGCGGUGCCCCCCAAAUAGUCGGUGUAGGCCGUUUCGAGCCAUCACGUCUCGUGCCGCAGAACCCUGGAGCCAACAGGAUAAGAGUCACAUUCAAUGCAGACGCAUCCGAUGAACUUCCCUGGUCUUUCAAGCCUAGUCAAGAGGAAAUCAAUGUAAUUCCAGGAGAGACGGCACUUGCUUUCUUUACGGCGAGGAAUAGGUCGAAACGCGAUAUCAUCGGUAUUGCGACGUAUAAUGUGGCUCCAGAUCGGAUAGCGCCUUACUUCUCUAAAGUAGAGUGCUUCUGCUUUGAGGAACAGAAGUUGCUAGCUGGGGAAGAGGUGGAUCUUCCCGUAUUCUUCUUUAUCGAUAACGAUUUCUUGGAGGAUCCCAAUGUGCAGGAUGUAAGGGAUGUGGUGCUUAGCUAUACCUUUUUUGCUGCGAGGAGGAAUAAGGUCACGGGACAGUUGGAGCCUGAUACCGAUUUGGAGGCGUAUCAGGUGGGUAAGGAUUUG